UUCAACUACCAGUCUGAAAUUCUACAAAAACGAAACCAAAUCGCUUUAUUAGCCAAAAUUCACAAACUCGAUAGUAUGAUUGACAGAUCUUGAAAGCAAAAAGAGAAAGUCAAAUGUUUCAUCUUCCCACCGAAACUCAAAAAUCCUAAUCAACAUCAACAAACACCUAAACAAUUACUUCAAAAUCCAAUUAAAAAAUAGAGAAGGAAAGCGAUAUGCUGCUUCGUUGGAGGUCAUUAUCUUUGAGAUUCCCACAAGCUAAAAAGACUACUAUAUAUGACUAGAGAGUCAUGGCUAGACACUAAUCAGAAAAAAGAGAGAAAGAAAAGAAGAAGCAAAACAGAGAGAAAAUGGCAGGAUUGUUUGAUAAACAAGCCGAUCUAUACCUUGACGCCAGACCUAAUUACCCCUCUGAGUGGUUCUCGAAGCUCGCUGAUCUCACCGAUCACCACGGUUUAGCCUGGGAUGCUGCCACCGGAAAUGGCCAAGCAGCUCUCGCCGUUGCAGAGCAUUACGAGAGUGUCGUAGCAACGGACGUGAGUGAAUCGCAGCUGAAGCUAGCAACGCCACAUCCGAAAAUCAAUUAUCGCCAUACGCCGACGUCAAUGACCGACGACGAGCUAGUGGAAUUAAUCGGAGGAGAAAACUCAGUGGAUCUAAUCACGGUCGCCCAAGGCGUACACUGGUUCGAUCUCCCUAGGUUCUACUCAGUGGCCACACGACUCCUCCGUAAACCAGGCGGAAUCAUCGCUGUCUGGGGAUACAACGACGUCAUAGUGAGUCCAGAGUUCGACGCCGUCCAGUAUCGGCUCCACGCCACAACGCUGCCGUUUUGGAAGUAUCCGUACAUUCAGCACAUCUUCGAUUCGUACGAAGCAUUGCCGUUUCCUUUCGAAAAUGUUGGGAUGGGAUCAGAAGGGGAGCCAUUAAAGCUGGAGAUGCCUAAAACGACGUCGUUUGAAGGGAUCAUAAGGAUGUUUAAAUCAUGGUCGGCCAUCGUCACGGCGAGAGAGAAAGGCGUCGAGUUGUUACCGGAGAGUUUGGUGAGAGAGCUUGAAACCGCUUGGGGAGGUUCUGAUCUGGUUCGUUCCGUCGUUUACAAAGCUUUUAUGAUUGCAGGAAAAGUUAGAGUUUGAUAUCACCAAACCAUGAUUGAUUGUUGUUCUCAUUUGAGUUUAUUUAUAAAAAUUGGUUAUAUUGCAAAAAU